CACCUGUCUCCAACUGCCAUGAAUGCUGGCAGUUCCUCCAGGUCUCCCCUGUCCCCAGGCCCAAGAUGACACCCAACAGCACCAGGGAGGUGCCCAGCGCUGUUCCCAUGGGGGCCUUUGGGCUCUCCCUGGUCCUGGCAAGCUUGAUCGUCGUGGCCAACUUGCUCCUGGCCCUGAGUAUUGCCGGGGACCGCCGCCUGCGCAGCCUGCCUGCUGGCUGCUUCUUCCUGAGCCUGCUGCUCGCUGGGCUGCUCACAGGGCUGGCACUACCCACACUGCCAGGCCUAUGGAGCCAGAGUCGCCGAGGUUACUGGUCCUGUCUCUUCCUCUACUUAGCCCCCAACUUCUCCUUCCUCUCCCUGCUCACCAACCUGCUACUGGUACACGGGGAACGCUACAUGGCAGUGCUGCGGCCUCUCCGGACCCGUGGGAGCACUCGGCUGGCCCUGCUCCUCACCUGGGCUGGCCCCCUGCUCUUCACCAGCCUGCCUGCUCUGGGGUGGAACCACUGGGCCCCUGGUACCAACUGCAGCUCCCAGGCUGUCUUCCCAGCCCCCUACCUCUACCUCGAAGUCUAUGGGCUGCUGCUGCCCGCCAUCGGUGCUGCGGCCCUUCUCUCUGCCCGUGUAUUGGUCACUGCUCACCGCCAGCUGCAGGACAUCCGCCGGUUGGAGCGGGCAGUGUACCGUGGAGCGCCCUCGGCCCUGGCUCGGGCCCUUACCUGGAGACAAGCAAGGGCACAGGCUGGAGCCACAUUGCUCUUCGGGCUGUGCUGGGGACCCUAUGUGGCCACCCUGCUCCUCUCCGUGCUGGCCUAUGAGCAGCGCCCACCUCUGGGGCCUGGAACGCUGCUGUCCCUCAUUUCACUGGGCAGUGCCAGUGCAGCAGCCGUGCCUGUGGCCAUGGGGCUGGGUGAUCAGCGCUACACAGCUCCCUGGAGGGCAGCCGCACGAAGGUGGCUACGGGCGCUGCAGGGAAGAGCCUCUCGGGGCAGUCCUGGCCCCAGUACUGCCUACUGCACCAGCAGCCAAAGCAGCAUGGACCUGGACUUGAACUAGGGGAAGGGCCUCUGCUCAUUCCUACCGGAAGCAUCCAUCCAUCUCAGCCACCAAGCCUGUCUCCACUUGUCUGCACACCUCUGGAGACCCUGCCCCUUUUUACCGCACCCUGGCCGAAUAAAGCUCCUCUGGCC